AUGUGGGAUUGGAGCAACGAACAAUUCACCCAGCCGCCACAACAACUGGAUCAACAGGAUUACUUCAGCGCCCCGACGUCCGCCACCGCCGCGGCCUGGUCUACCGAUCCAUCAUGGAACAGCUUCGACAUCGACGCUUUUUCUUCCAUCAACCCCACGCUUUUGGUAAACUGGGACGUGGACGACUCGUCCCCGAGCAGCCAGGAAGAACUACCUUGGACAUGGCCAACAGACAGUCCGUCUUCGAGCGACACUGUCUCCCCGCCGGCGUCUGAUUCUCCCCCGGCAAAAACACCCCGCAGAAGAGGCCGCCGGCCUUCGUCACGAAGGCGGAAAAGUCACAACGAGAUCGAGCAGAAGUAUCGAAACACCGUCAACACGGCCAUCCAAAACCUGCAAAGUGCAAUACCACAGCUGUCCUUACCUGGCGGCGCCGAGACGAACCACCGGCCUCAGCUGACCAAGGCAACCGUCCUUAUCAGCGCCACAAUGUACAUCAAGCAAUUGGAGCAAGAGCGAGACAAGCUCUUGGAGAUGAACAAAAUCUUUCGCGACGCGAUCGCGCGGGGAAAGCUGCUCCCUGACAUGCAAACUCCAACACAAUAA